AUGUUCCACUGCAGCCAGCAACCCUACCCUUUCCACCCGACUCCGCCUUACUACAACCAUUCCGAGCCAGCUGCCCCUUCUUCUUAUCCACAACAACAGCCACCACAACCACAACCACAGCAACAACAACAGCAACAACAGUACCUGGCUACUCCGUCUUCACACCUACAGCCUCACCAGGACCAACACUUUCAAUCACAGCCCAACAUUCAGCGCAGGCAGCAGCAACAUCCACAACAACACCUCGCCGUCAACACAAAGAUAGGCUCUUCAACCACUUCCACCACCUCCUCCACGGCCUCCCCACUCUCCAGCAGAAAGAGCCAGCAGCAGCAGUCGAUUAGCCAAUUGGCAGACUUUGCGGCCCACAUGGUUUGCUACCUCCUCUAUGGUCACCAGCCCGCGAAACCAACCCACCACCACCACCACAACGCCUCUGGAACUCCUCCUUCCUCCAUCCCAUCUUCGCCUCUUCCUGGGCAGGGUAGCCAUAACCCAAUCAGUUGUUUCUGCGAGGUCUGCACCUCCCACACUUCUGAGGCACAUUCGCCUUUACGCUCAACAGGUUCAAGCGGCAAUAGCCAGUACUCCUCUUCCUGGCCACACUACCUCCCGCCACCACCGCUAUCAGCAUCAUCAUCAUCCUUAUCGUCACCACUGGAUCGCCCGACUCACCGGAGAAUCCUCUCAGAGUCCGAUAUUGUCCAGCCCAAACCCAUGUUCCGCAAGUUCUGUCUAGAUGUCCUAAGUGCCACCUUACUCUCUCCUAGUGUCAUCCUCCUCUCGCUCAAGUACAUCCAGCAGCUGAUGAUCAACCUCAAAGAGUCCAACAAGAUCGUCAACACGGGCGAAGGUGCAGAGUAUCGCUUCUUCACCGGAGCGCUGAUCCUGGCCAACAAGUUCCUGGACGACAACACCUUCACCAACAAGACCUGGGCGGAUAUCACAGGGAUGAAGAUCAAGGAUGUCAACCAUCUGGAGAUGCAGUUCCUCAGCGGGAUCGAGUUCCGCCUCUUCACGAGCUCGUGGCAGUAUUCGGAAUGGCUCGCCAAGCUCACCCAGUUCACUGGAACUUACAUGCCCUCGCAACAUGAGGUCGCUUACCAACAGCAGACUGCCGCCGCUCAAUCGCCCAUCUCACCUAUGGAUUCCAACACGACUGUCGCCGCCGCCGCUGCUGCCGAGGUGUCAUCAGGAUCAGGGCCAGUGCGGGAUCAUGGACAUAGUGCAGUCGGUGGCUCAAACAGUAGCGUUCAUCCUUAUGCUGUUGUCCCAACCUCGUCGCUCUCCAUGACAUCGAUUUCGCAUUAUAUCGACUCUGUCAAGCAUAUCCAGAACAAGUCUAGCUCGGCCAACAGUCGCUUCCAGCGUGUGGCCGGCUCGACAUCUUACCACCACUCCAGCCAAUUGGCGUCAAACCCAACAACUGUCCCUUCGCAUCAGCACCAACACCAGCAUCAGCAUCAGUACCAGAGUCAGCAGCAGCAGCAGCAGCCUCAGUACAGUUCGUUGCCACCUUCAGGAUCGUUCGCCUCUUCGCCUUCUUCACUGCCUUAUGCCUAUCAGCCACGACCUACUGAGCCCAUCCAUCGCAAACGAUCCGCCAAUAUUGCCUUUGAGGACAUCAUGGACCGAUCGCCUCGCUACGAAUCAGGAUUGUUGCCCCAGAUAACAUCCCAGCAACAGUUGUCCGGCAGCAGCACCAUCUCUAGACACAAGCGAUUCUCAUCCUCUUCUUCAGUUGCAACUCUGAUGGGCUCUCUGAGCACAGGACCGGACACCUUCCACAACGGACAUUCGCCCAUGACUCAGCCGCCACAACGGUAUCAACAACAGCAGAGACCCCUUUCGAGUCUUCCUCAGCGGGCCAGUAGUGGAGCCUUGUCGCAUUCGUUCAGAGCCAGUGGUGGACAUCACCUUCAUCAGCGCAGUGCUUCCGGGGGCAACUUUUACGCGGACAUGACAUCGGCAGGAUCGUCACCCUACGGGCAUGAGUCUUCGACUUCACACGUCGUCCUUUCGAUGCCUCCUAACUCUCGAAGCCUUCGAACAAGUGGAGUCCAUCCAUUGGACGAGGACCACCAUCACCACCAUGGCUAUUACACACCUUCUAAAAGUUCAUACAUACCUCCUCAGCACACUCAACAACCUCCGCAGCAACAGCAACAGCAACAACAGCGUCACAGUAAUCACAGACACAGACACAGCCACGGUCACCUCCAUUCCGCCGUCUCGCCCUCAUACUCACCCAACGGCUACGAGUCGCCUUGCCGCUCGAUGGGCUGUACCGGAUACACCAACCGGAACACUCAAGGCGGUCCCAUGACCUAUGAGAUUGAUCCGCGUCUCUGGGGUCCCCUCGACAGUCUGUCCUUGUAUGCGAUCACCACCCAGGCUGCCAAACGUGUCGUCGCCCAGGGCAAGGCUCUCUCUUCCUCAGCCAACGGCCUUCACAUGUACUACCCCACCACUCUUGCCUAA